AUGUGCAAAUGCCUUCUUUUAUUUUUGGCGUGCUUCUUGCCGCCAAUCGCUAUCCUUCUCUAUGAAGGAUGCACUGCGAACAUGUGCAUCAACAUCUUGCUCACCUGUCUCGGUGGUAUUCCAGGAAUUAUUCACGCGUGGUACGUCAUUUUAUGCAUGGAGCCGAAAACGGUCACCAACGUCUACGUGCAGCAAGGUGUCCAACCACCACCAGCCUAUCACGCAUAG